AUGGAGUGGAAAACGUUUUUCAGGGAUCCCACUUUCUGGUGGGACAACAGGUUCAAGAAGAAAAACAAGUUCUUCUCAGAGUCCUACCCGGAUUUCAAACAUGUUUCUACCGGAGAGAGCCUGUGGAUCGCCAACAGGAAAACACCAACCUGGGUCUCUGCAAAACUCGAGUCGCUCGCUGACCCAGCUGUAGGUAAGGCCGCCACGGCCCGCUACAAAUCUCCACAUACCCCACCUGUAGCUGGUGAUGAACCGGUGAGUUUAGGGAGGCUGAUACACCGCGUGAGAGACUCAGCUGAGAGCAGAUCCCUUUCUUUGGGAAAACAAGCCCAUGAAGCUGUGCUCAAGAGUGAUGAGCACAAAAGCAACAUCUACUUGUUGACGGGAUUGAUCGAUAUAGCUGAUAACACCAUUCAAGCUGAUGCUUGCACCUACACCUGCGUCCUUGUUGCUUGCGGGAGUGUGAUGGCGAUCAAGCUCGGGAGGGAGAUUCACCAGCUGGCGAAGCAUAAAGGGCUGCUGAAAAACAAUCCAGUUCUGGGCUCCAGCCUGGGCCGAUCGAUCGAGGCCUUGGAGCGUUUCUAUUCCAUGACUCAGGAGGAGGGCUGUAAAGCUGACGAUGUGAGUUUUGUUUCGGUGUUGAACGCUUGCAGCCAUGGUGGUCUGGUCGGGAAAGGAAGGCAGCUUCUGGAUGAAAUGCCCAAGCAGUAUGGAGUCAAGCCACGUCUGGAGCAUUAUGUGUGCCUGAUCGAUAUGCUCGGGCGAGCUAACCUCCUCGACGAAGCUGUGAGAGUUCUCAGAGCCAUGCCUUUUGAACCGGAUGCAGUGGUUUGGACGUCCCUGCUCGGAGCCUGCCGGAAGUGGAAGAAUUACAUGAUCGGCAAACUCGCGUUUGAGCGUCUUGUGGAGAUGGAUCCCAAGAGCGGCACGCCCUACGCAUUGAUGGCCAAUAUAUUUGGAAACCUGGGGAUGCUCAGUGAAAGGGCCGCUGUUGUGGAGAGAAUGAGAGGUGAAGGCAGCUUCAGGGAGCCCGGGAGAAGCUGGUGGACGGAUGUUAGCUCAGGAAAAGUGCAUUCUUUUUCUGUCGGGGAUAGGAGUCACUCACAGAGCGACGAGAUUGCGGCCAAGCUCAAGCAAUUGUUGCUGAGAAUGAAAGAGGAGGGGUACGCGAGCGAUGUGAUCAACGUUCUAAAAGACAUACCUGAGGAAGAUCACCUGUGCGGCCACAGUGAGAAGCUUGCGCUGGGGUGUGCUCUGGUGAACUCGCACCAGAAGGAGACCAUCAGAAUCGUGAAAAAUCUCCGAGUUUGUGACGAUUGCCAUGCGGCCACUGCUCUCAUCUCUAAGCUGGAAAAAAGGCUAAUCAUCUGCAAAGAUGCCAGUCAGAAACAUGGGCCGCUGAGUGAGCAAAGUACCGCCGUCAACCUGAACUUCACGGAGAAAAAAUUAACAUUUAAAGUUAAAACUAUGCAAAAGGAGGAUGACACGUUGUCUUAA